UUCCUGAAAAUAGCUCUAAACAAUAUUAUCAAUUAAUAGUGAGUGAUAAGAUGUGGCUUAAAUUAGGCCAUGAUUAUGAUCAGUUUUGUUUUAGGAUAGAUGGAAAAUAUGACUUGAAUAAUAAAAAGACACCUGUACUUGCUAUAGUCAUUGAAAACCAAGCUGGUUACAGAUCUUCUUUAGCAUUUGGACUUAACAAUAAAGAGAACCAUCAUAUAAUACAAAUGGCAGUACAAGCUGUAAAAGUAAAUAUUUCAUAUGAUGACCCUACCUAUAGCAUUCAAGCAUUGUUGACAAAUGGAAUAACUAAAAAUUGUAAUGCAAAACUUCAUAAACCUAGUCAAUUUUCUUAUUCUAAUAAUGUACAAUUUAAUGAAACUGAAACAAGUUAUAUUGAUGAAAUUAACCAAGAAUGCGCUAAUUAUGAUAGUCUUGAGGAUUUGUUACUUUCUGAAAUUUUAAUUAAUAAUAUUGAAAAUACUUCAAAGUUUGCAGAACUCUAUUCAAUCUAUAGACAUAAUACUACAAAAAUUCAAAACAAACAUCGAUCUCAUACUCAAAUUAUAUCUAAUAAUGAACAAGAAAAUGAUGUUACUUUUACUACAAAAAAGUUGCUUGAAGAACUUUUUCUUGAAAAAAAUAUGCUUGGAAUCUCCAAGAGUUUAUAA